AUGAUAAGGUUAGCUAUUGUCAAAGCAAUGGAUAAUCGAAUUCAAAAGAAGGAUUUAAUCUGUGAACUUCCAGAUGAGUUGCUGUUAAAGAUAUUGGCUUCGCUUCCUAGUAAAGAUGUUGUAACAACGAGUGUCUUGUCGAAAUGGUGGCAAUCUCUUUGGAAGGAGAUGAAGACAUUCCAGAUAUGAUGACGAACUUCGAUGUGGCAUAUCUUGCAGCUCAAGCUGAACCCAUGUUAUGAAAAACCAAUCAUCAAACGUUUGGUUAACAAUGCAGUUGCUCGUUCUUUGAGAGAGCUGAGAUUGAAGAUGGUUUACAACUCAUUCGAGUUGCCUGAAAGCUUGUUUUCCUGUCCACAACUUGAAACCCUAAAAUUGGAGACACUAAGUCUCGUGGAUGUUCCACCUAAUGCUGAUUUGACCUGCCUAAAACAUCUCCACCUUUUAUCGGUUAAGUUUUCAUGCGACGAAUCUGUGAAAACGCUUCUAAGCAUAUGCCCACGUCUUGAAGAAUUGGUUGUGAGACGAAGCUCAUAUACAAAUGUGAAGAUAUUUGCCAUCAAUGUCCCUACGCUGAGGAGUUUGUCUAUUGAUAAUUCGUCUAGGAAAUCUAGGCCUAAAGGUGUUCACGGGUUUUUGAUUAAUGCACCUUCUUUGAGGUGUUUUAGCAUUAGGGAUAGCUUCAGCAACUAUUUACGGUUUAGAAAUAUGCCAAAGCUGGUUAAGUCUACUGUCAACGUUGUUAGUGACAUUAUGAUACGAUGAUCCUCUUUAAAUUGAUAGGUUAAUUUUUCUCUCAAUCCUAAUCUCUUUCAGAUCGCUACAAGAAAAAUGGCUUUUGUUAACGGGCGAAAAACGCUAUCGAACGAUACGAUAGCGAUUUUUGAAACGUUGUAUCAUCGCCCGUCAUAAUAGAUAAGACACAUUAGAUAGCGGUUUUUUGUAUUGUUAUCUUAUUAUUAUGAAAUUUUUACCCUCAGAGACACAUUUUGUCUUAUUAAUUUCACUCAAAGACACAUUAUGAUACAACACACUUUCUCACACUUUCUCUAUGUUAUGUUUACUAAUAUAACCCUCACCCAACUAAACCAAUCUAGUUAACCAAAACAAAACCAAUUCCUUAUCUUUUACUUUUCACUAACCAUCUGUUUACCUUUUCCCUAAAUAAAGUAACCUCUCACGAACAAAACUCCAAUCUCUUUCUCUCUGUUUCCACUUUCUCGAUCCAAAUUUGGAUCGCCUAACCUUCUCUAAUCAAGAAUCCGAUUCAUCGGUUGCAACAUGUGUUCGAUUCCGCCGCUUUGCUUCGGUUUCAAUCUCCAACAGGGAAGGUUAGUUUUUGAUUUCACAAACAAUUACAUAAGUCCAAUUUUUCUUAUCUGCCUAAACAAAAAUCGCAGUCUUUUUUUUUAUGAUUUUGCAGAGAACGGAAAAGACCUCCGCCUUCCCGAGAGCGGGCAGCUUUUCGCAACAGAUAGGAGACUGGUAGAAGAUGAGUUUCGAUGUAUUUGGAGACGUCUUGUGGUCUUGUGGAUGGGCAUUUGGUGGAUGAGAGAUUGGUGAAGGGGAGUUGCAUGGAUUGGAGACUGGUAGAAGAUGAGUUUCGAUGUGUAUGAAGAUGGAUGGACUAGAGUUUUGUGGACAGGAGAUCGGUGGAUAUGAUAGUCGUAGACAUGAGAUACGUGGACAACAGCUCUGUGGAUAGCAAACAACAACAUGAGUUAAGGGGAGUUGCAUGGAGUGGAGACUGGUAGAAGAUGAGUUUCGAUGUGUAUGAAGAUGGAUGGACAAGAGUUUCGUGGACAGGAGAUCGGUGUGGACAUGAGAUACGUGGACAACAACUCUGUGGAUAGCAAACAACAACAUGAGUUUCGAUGUGUAGAAGAUGGAUGGACAUAAGUUUCUUGGACAAGAGAUUCGGUGGAUAGGAUAGUGGUGGACAUGAGAUACGUGGACAACAGAUCUGUGGAUAUCAUGAGUGAUAUUUUGCCGUGACAAUAAGAAAUUAGCACAUGAGAUUAUAUUAUGAUGAUAGUUCUCGGUUAGUUUGCAUAUGAAAAUUAAAAAUCAAAACUACAAUAAGAAGUAUUUAAAAGUAAAAAUCAAACUUUGUAUAUCGGAGGAUGAGAGUUUCUCAGCCAUUAAGGAUGAAAGUUUCUCAACCAUUAUAGUUUCUCAACCAUUAGACCACACCUCCCAUCCACUCAUCACCUAACCACAAUACUCCCGUCCAACCAGCGUCGGAUCAUAUAUCUGCUAACCAAACUUCGUCUGACCAUAUCUCUUCUGAGCACGACUCACCUACUUUCUCAACUUUCAAAACCCAUUAAUUACACCUUAAAGGCAUGCUUCUUUGUAACCGUUGGAUCUCAUGUCUUUAUAUUGAUCCAACGCCCACAAACCAUUCACAUAAACUCAUAUACCUACUUUCUGGUUUAUAACUUUAUUAUUAAAUUCAACCAGACACCAACUAAAUUUCAUUACGGUUGCCUCUUUAAAAACAUUAUUUUCCUGAGCCAAAAGCAAGGUUAUUUUCGUCAUGAAUAAAACAGCUGUCAUAGUAAAGUGUGUCAAAACAACAUUGUGUCUUCUAGUGCAAAGAUAACUCAGAAAGUGUCUUUUUAUGUAAGUCUCUCUAUUAUUAUAUACAAUAGCGUUUUGAUUUAUGCAAUUAAAUAUUUUUUAAUAACAUAUAUUUUUUGCUAUUAUUAAUAUUAUUAAAAAUUAAAAAAAUACAAAAAUAUAAAAAGUAAAAUACAAUUAAAUAUAUAAUUUAUUUAUUGUGAUUUACAAAAUAAUUGAAUUUGGUUUACAAAGUAACAUUAUUUUACAAAAUUAAAAAAUUUAAAAAUAACUAAACCUAAAAAAUUACACAGUUCACACCUAAACCUAAUUUGAUUGUUCUCCAACGAGCCGCCAUGGGACUUUAGACGAAAAGCAAAGCAGUCUUCCGCAAAGUAAUGUAGGGUUGUCGCAGAGGAGGAGCCAUCUCCGGUUAGGUGUUGAGGAGAGGAGGUUUGGAGACGCAGAUGAGGGGAGGAGAGGCGGCGCACAGAGGAAGACAGACGUCACGGGAUAUAAUCUUCACGAAGGAGAGGAGGCGUCACGGUUAAGUAGAUGGGAUGCUCCUCCUCAGUCGUUGACGGAGACAGAUCAGAAGAUGGCGACGGCAGAGGUGGAGAGGUUGAGAUCCGUGACGAGAAGACGUGGGCAAGCUUGAGCAGAGGUGGAGAAGAGAUGCGAUACAGAGAAGAAGAUGAGAGGUUGGCGUUGCAGACGGAAACAAAAGAGACGGGAGAGAGAGAGAGAGAGAGAGAGAGAGAGAGAGAGAGAGAGAGAGAGAGAGAGAGAGAGAGAGAGAGAG